GGAUAAAAGUCAGACGUUGGCAGGACAAAAAAUGCCAAUAUCAAAAUGACGAUUGCUUACUGAAACAUGUUCGUGCCGCUAUGCACUAUUUAUGGUAACAAACUCACAGAUGAAAUUCGCUCAUCCAGUCUUAGUGCAAUGAUAGCCUUAUGCUCGGGCAAUAUCAAGCGUUUCUUCAGACUGCCUGCCUACGGAAAGAAUAAAACCAUCAAGUUGAAUUAAAGCCUAACUUCUUUUUCUUUUUGGUUGCUUUUUAGAUUAAAUUUCAAUCAUUGUAUACACCCCGCCUUACACUCCUUCUUAUCAAAUAUUUAUCACAUAUUAAGAAAUAACUAGCAAUGGCCAACGACUUUGACACUCUUGUAGGAAUGGGAUUCUCUGACGCCAAAGUGUAAGAGCUAGCUUGGUAUAUACUAGUGUGUUGAUUGCAUCCGGCCAUUCUUACUCACACACGUUAAUUUCAUGACGAACAGCAAGAAGGCACUAAGAGCAACUAAUAAUGCUGGUCUUCAACCCGCCUUGGACUGGAUUUUGAAUCACUCAGAAGUUUCUGAAGAACCUGACGAAGAACCAGUCGCUCCUGAAGCAUUAGGUACAGCCGAUAGCUCAUCAUCCCAACCUGAUAAAGAAGCUACGCAUGAAGAAGGAGAAAUUAAGGAUGGGGAGCAGACAGCUCAAAGUCUAAUUUGUAACGACUGUCAGAAAUUAUUCCGUGAUGCGACAGGCGCAGAGUUACAUGCUACACGUACAGGCCACCAAAAUUUUGCAGAGAGCACAGAGGCAAUCAAACCAUUGACUGAAGAAGAAAAAAAGCAGAAAUUAAUCGAAUUGAAGGCACGUAUGGCCGAAAAACGAGCCGCUCGUGAAAAAGCAGAAAAAGAAGAACGUAAACAAGCAGAGAAGAUCAGAAGAAAAGCGGGUCAGGAAAUGACAUUGGCCAAAGAAGCUCUAGAGCAAAAAGAGAUGAAGAAGAUGAUGGAUCAAAAGAAGAGGGAGAGAGAAGAAGAGAAACUUGCGAAAGCCAGAAUUAAGGCACAAAUUGAGCAGGAUAAAAAAGAACGAGCAGCAAAGAGAGAAGCGGCUAAACAACAAGCUCAAGCCCAUGCAGUUGAAGCUGCUUCUGGUGGUGGUGGUGCUGCUGCUUUCUCACAGGCAACCACGAAAAAGGAGUAUACUGAGAGCAGAAUACAGAUCCGUUUACCAGGAGCAGGCCCGGUGACAAAUACCUUUGAUGCAAAUUCAACGCUAUCCGAUGUCUUUACCUUUUUGCAGAACCAGGGUUGUAAUACUCCCUUCAAUCUUUCGACUACAUUCCCAAGAAAGACUUUUAGCGCUGAUGACCGUCAAAGAACCCUGAAAGAACUGAAUUUGGUUCCUUCUGCUGCAUUAGUUUUGUCAUACCUGUAAAAAUACUAAUAGAUUAUGUUAGUUCAGAAAAUGGCAAUGGUUGGGAUUUUAAGUAUUUGACGAAUUUGCAGAAUAAAUAGAAAUGCAGUGUAAAGAUUUAUUCACUUUCACAGUUAGGAGAAAUAUAUACAUGGAAGUUGCCCAUUAAAAAAAAUAAAAAAUAAAAAAUAAAAAAAUAUGAAGAUAUGUGUAUAAAGAUGUUGCAAACUAAUUUACAGCAUGGGAUGC